AUGGAUAACCUACUCACUGCUCUUAUAACUCAUUUGAUUGAUAGCAGUAAUCCAGAUUAUGUUUAAAUAAUGAGUAACUAUGAAUGCUUUAGAUCCAUAAUAAAUUCCAAUAUUGACGCAUCAGCUAAGGCAUUCUAAAUUGAGAAAUUUCUAUAAUCUCUUAAACCAGAACAGAGACAUACUCAUAGAAGUUCUAAUUAUGAUCUUUAACCUCGAUCUAAACAAUUUAACAGUUCAAUAGUGUUAGUAGAAGCAAAGCUUUUUGAAAAGAAAUUCCAACAACAUACACAAGAAAUAGAAGAAAUGUUAUCAAAUCUAUGA